UAAGAUUAAGCAAGUAAAUGAAGCUAGAAUGCUCAUAUGGACAACACAACAACUGGACAUGGAGCACGUACUGGUGGUGUUCAUGUUGCUCUGGAGCUCAGGUCUCCAGGGGGAGGAAGAUCACACUUUUAAAGAGACUGAUGAUAUCCGCUUGGUGGGAGGAUCCAGCCGCUGUUCUGGUUUGCUGCAGGUGAAACGCCAGGGAGCUUGGAGACAGGAGGAUGACCGUGGCUGGGACCUGAAGUUAGCAGAUGAAGUUUGUAGACAUCUGGACUGUGGUUCUGUGGUUCGGGCUUCCUCAAGUUUUCAAAAACCUUCAUGGAGAAUCAAUCCUUCCUGUAUUAAUUUAAAAUCUAGACCGAGGAAAUGUUUGACAAAAAGGUCCUCACAUCUUCUUACCAGUUUGGAGAUCACCUGCUCAGACUCUGUCAGGCUGGUUAAUGGGACUAGUCUGUGUUCAGGCAGACUGGAGGUGAAGUCUAACCAGUUGUGGUCCUCAGUGUGUGAAGAUGACUUUAACCAGCAGAAUGCAGAGGUGGUCUGUAGGGAGCUUGGCUGUGGGGCUCCUUCAGUCCUCCAGGGGGCGCUCUAUGCAGGAGUAGAGGGGCCCAUGAGGACCAAAGAGUUCCAGUGUGAAGGCCAUGAGUCUGCUCUCCUGGAUUGUCAGAUUGACAGCUCAGGCUCAGCUAGAGACACCUGCUCAUCUGGCAAAGCUGUUGAACUCACCUGCUCAGAGCCCGAUAAUGUCCGGUUGGUGGGAGGAUCCACUCGCUGUGCUGGUGAACUGGAGGUGAAACAACAGGAAGAGUGGGAAAAGGUGGACGACCAAACGUCUGGCUGGAAUCUAAAGACAGCAGAUGUUGUGUGUGAACAACUGGACUGCGGCUCUGCUGUUUCUACAGGGAAGAGAACGAUUAGCCAGUACAGAACAAUAUGGAGGAUUGGAUCAACUUGUCUUCAGUCCGAAUCUGCAGUUAGAGAAUGUUUAUUUACAAAGCUUGACACUUCACUUUCCAACCUGGAGAUCAAGUGCUCAGGACCUGUCAGGCUGGUUAAUAGGACUAGUCCAUGUUCCGGCAGACUGGAGGUGAAGUCUAACCAGUCGUGGUCCUCAAUGUGUGAAGAUGACUUUGACCUGCAGGAUGCAGAGGUGGUCUGCAGGGAGCUUGGCUGUGGGGCUCCUUCAGUCCUCCAGGGGGCGCUGUAUGGAGAAAUGGAGCCCCCAGUGUGGUCAAAAGAGUUCCAGUGUGGAGGCCAUGAGUCUGCUCUCCGGGACUGUGGAAGCUCAGGCUCAGCUAGAGACACCUGCUCAUCUGGCAAAUCUGUUGAACUCACAUGUUCAGAGCCUGAUGACGUCCGGUUGGUUGGAGGAGCCAGCCGCUGUGUCGGUAGACUUGAGAUGAAACGGAAGGGAGAGUGGAGACCAGUAGCUGAGUACUUCCUUAACUGGAACCUGUUGUCCGCAGCUUUAGUUUGUAGGCAGCUGGACUGUGGCUCUGCUCUUUCAGCAGAAAGAGUUAUAAGUGAUGAAUUAUACAAACGAGAACCAUGGAUAAUUGCACCUUCCUGUGGUUCGUCUGAGUCUGCAAUCAGAGAAUGUGAUUUAUUAUCGCUCGGGUAUGGUUCUAAUAGAAGGGUUCUAAGCCUGGAAGUCACCUGCUCAGAUAUUCUGGCUCAGCCAAACAUCUCCUUCUCUGCCUACACUGACGGGGAUUCUGAGGCCAAGCAGCAGGGGCUUCAGGUGCUCAUGGGCUCCAACUUCACCAUCAGCUGCUCCAUCCUGCCACAGUAUCCAGGAGGCUCCUUCCAGCUUAUCUUCACCAACUCCAACACAACACAGAACUACACCCUGCCAGCUGUCAAUCACACUGCCCAUUUCCUGUUCUCUGCUGCAGACCACACCCACCAAGGGAACUACAGCUGUGUUUAUCACAUCUAUGUUUUCUCCCAUAACUUUUCUUCUGAGAGCCAGCCACUCCAUCUCACUGUCUCAGGCCACCAGAGGACAAAUGCCAAGAUGAGAGGACAACACUGAGCUCCAUCACUUUGGUGGUUGUAGUGAACAGCCUCAUUCAAUAAUACCCCUUGCCCCACAACCAAAGGAGGUGAAGGAAUCACAAACACACCAAGCUGGUUCCCUGUGGAUCUAAAGACCACACUUUAUUAUUCAAACACCAUAAUGGUGUCCGUCUCUACACUGUCCAGAAGAACAAACUGUCUCCAAAACCUCCAAAAAGUUGCUAUGGUGAAAAAAAUCAAGGAUGAGCUGGAUUACACUCAGCUGUUUGCUCAAAGGGGGCUCUCACAUACUGUCAAGUAAGCUGAGAUCCCAACGCUGUUACUAUCAGGUCGCAUAGAAGAAAGCUGCAGCCAUUCUCCCUUUAGUAACAACAGUGAGGAAAAGGGAAGUGUAACAUACUUCCAUCUGCAAAACACAGAGCUUAACAAUGCUACAUGCAAUAUAAUGAAUAAUGAUUAAAAGAGAGUUUGAUUGAACAUGAUAUGAUGAUGACUGAAAAUCAGCAUCUCAUUGAUACUGAACAUGAAUACAUUAAAAUGAUAAUUUCAUGGUCAAAGAAUUAAUAUAGUCAAAGUAAGGAGAGCAGCAGAGGAUAACCACGUCCAAACCAUCCAAAGAAUUAUUGGACUCUGAAGUUUCUCUUGUUCAACUGCAUCGUGGACUGAAGACUUUCCGAGGCACUUUGGAGAAAGUCUCAAGUUUCUACAAGAUUCUACAGCUCCGCAGUGGAGGGAGGAUUUACAUGCCAGGACAACUUCUUCCCCUCCCUCUCUCUCUGAAAAAAGACAUCAUAAAUUACUCAAGCUCAGCUUUUUUUAAUCAGGUUUUCAAUUUUAAUCAUUUUAAUCAAUUUUAAUCAGUACAAGUUGUAUGCUUGCCUUUGCUUAAUUUUGCAAUAAAAAAUAUAACCACUGCAUUUAAA